AUGGCGGCCGCACCACAAAAGCCAGAGACUUUCAUGCUCAGCACAGAAGCUCAGCAAGCAUUGCCGCAUGAUGCGCAGGUAGCGCUGCAGCAAGUUGACAAUCUCAAGUACUUCCUCAUCUCCGCACCUGUCGAUUGGCAGCCAGACCAGUACAUUCGCAGAUUUCUUUUGCCCACUGGCGAAUAUGUCUCCUGUGUACUAUGGAACAACCUCUUCCACGUCUCGGGCACUGACAUUGUCCGCUGCCUUUCCUUCCGCUUCCAAGCGUUCGGACGUCCCGUCAAGAACUCCAAGAAGUUCGAGGAGGGUAUCUUCUCGGAUCUGAGAAACUUGAAGUCUGGCACUGAUGCAUCCCUUGAGGAACCCAAGAGCCCGUUUCUCGACUUUCUCUACAAGAACAACUGCAUCCGAACACAAAAGAAGCAGAAGGUCUUUUACUGGUACAGCGUCCCGCAUGACCGCCUUUUCCUCGAUGCCCUGGAGCGUGACCUGAAGAGAGAAAAGAUGGGCCAGGAGGCUACCACCAUGGCCGUCAGCGAGCCUGCUCUGUCGUUCCAGUACGACUCUUCUCAGUCUCUCUACGAGCAGCUCACCAAGGCCCAGCAAGCCAAUUCUUCGUCAUUCAACGCACAGCAGGUGUCCUUUCCUCAGUCCCAGGCUCCCUCUCCCGUGAUGAGGGCAAUGGAAUCUAUGCCCCCUCCACAAAUGAUCCCCCAGACCAUGGCCCCUUUAUCCGACGGCAUGGACGCGAUGGUUCAGUACCAGGCGAUGGCAAUGGCCCCAGCUCUCCCCCCUCAGGUUCAGCAGGUGGUCAAGCGGGAGCCUGAGUUCGCUCGCGUCCAGUACAACCAGAACGGCGUUCCGAUCCAAGGCCACCAGCGUCACGCUUCCAUGCCUGCCUAUGGCCUCGAGUACUCACCAGCCCCAUCUUUCGUCUCUUCGCAAUAUGAGGACUACAGCAACCGCGGUAUCUCUUUCGAGCCCAUCACUCCUCCCCAGCAAGCCCUGGGCAUGGGCGCUGAGCCCGCCUAUAUUGCCAAUGAGGAGACUGGUCUGUACACUGCUAUUCCUGACCACAUGGGCGGUGUAAAUGGCCUGAAUGGAAUGAUCCAGCUUCCUCCUUCCAACCUGGCUGGACCUCAAUUCUCUCGCGCCUAUGGAGCCAACAACGUCUACUCUGUCAUUGAGGGCUCCCCGACCUACAAGCAGCGACGCAGACGAUCAUCGAUUCCCCCUUCCAUCUCCGCCAUUGCAGCCGCCACCGCUCAAGUACAAGCAGCUGCUCACCGCCCUUCUGAUCUGAGAAGAUCGGUUUCGGCAUCCGUUGGACCUGUUCCCGAGGAUGAAGGCGAGACCUCGCCGCCUGGCCUCGCCUACAGCAACUCCCAAGUGUCCAUGACAAGCCAGCAUCAUAAGGAUAUGUUGGAUAUGUCUAGACAUGGCACCCCUCUGUCCACAGUCGAGGGCAGCCCCGCCAUGAACCCUAUGGCACUCCAACACCAUGACUACAUGCAGAUGGGACACAAUGACCUCAACAGCGACGCCAUGAGCGACCGUGGCAUGAUGUCGCAAGGUGGACCCAACGUGGUUCGUCGUGCUCGCUCUGCCACAGUCAUGGAGCUCGGCCCAUACCCUCAGAAGUCCCACUCCUGCCCGAUUCCCACCUGUGGCCGUCUCUUCAAGCGUUUAGAGCACCUGAAGCGACACAAGCGCACGCACGACCGUGGUGAGGGAGUCGAGGGUGGCUUUCCCCUGUCAGGCGAGGAAGAGGAUGAGUACUCUGGCGAGGAUCACCUCGGUUCUCUGGAGGAAGCCUCUCCCAACUCAGAAGGUGGAUACAUGCACAGCUCGCUGAACAGCGUCGCCCACGGCCACGGCCACACACAUGGCACCCCGACCAGCAACGGCAUGAUGCCUACCACAAGCAUGUCGCAGCAACCGACAUUUAACAGCCUGCAAACGCUCAGUAUGCCAAUGACCAUGAGCACGCCGGCUGGUGCGAUGAUGUAG